AUGCAGAGGAUGGAUCAAGAUCUGGCAAGUAGACUCCAAAAAUUCAAAUUGUCGGACAGGGAAGAAGGGGGAAUCUCUAUUACGGAAGAAGAUAUUCACCUGGGGAAAAGAGAGUGUGAACUCAGUUUGCUGGGGAAAAUUUACGGAAGCAAAAAGGCAAAUGUUAUGGGCUUAAAGACUAUUUUGCAGAACAUUUGGCAUACACAGUGGCCAUUCCAAACUCGGAAUCUCGGAGACAACAAGUUUCAGUUCGUUUUCCAAUCAGAAGAUGACAAAAAGAAAAUAUUGGGAGGCAAAGCGUGGUCCUUUGAUGGGCAGUACCUCUUGUUGAAGGAGUGGAACCCGUAUACCAGAGGAUUCCCGGAGGAUGAAGACAAAGUCCAACUAUGGGUGCAAAUCAUGAAUCUGCCGCUACACUGGGUGUCAGAGGAGACUGGAAUCAAAAUUGGCAAACUCUUUGAAAAGGUACUUGAUGUACGCAUUCCAGAAACAGGAGAAAUGGGUGGAAGGAUUAUCAAGAUUUUGGUGGAAAUAAAUCUGAAGGAACCCAUCAUCAGAGGAACUCGCAUUAAUCUGGGAUCAGAAGCUAAGUGGAUAACCUUCAGGUAUGAAAAUCUUCAGACAUUCUGCUACUACUGCGGGUUGAUAGGACAUGCAGACUUGAACUGUGAAAAAAAGAAAGAGGAUGUGAGAUGCAUGAAGUUGAGUAGUGGACAAUAUGGGGAAUGGUUAAGAGCUGUUCCUGGGAAUGGAAUAGGGAUGAGAAUUGCUAGUUUAGGAGAUAGGUGGAGCCCUAAGGUGGGGAAAGAAAAAGGGGGGGAUGAGAAUAAUACUACAAAUCCUAUGAGUGAGAAGGGUGAGGGCAGUGUAGGAAUUAAUAGAGAGGGAAGUCUAGAUAGAGAAAGGGUUGAUGUUAGUAAUGAAUCUGAGAGCAAUAGUAAGGAGAAGGGAGGUGUCAAGGCUCCUAACCAAGGAAUAGUGGAACCAGAGGCAAAUAACUCUACUCAGUCCCAAGAGGGAUUUGGGAAGAGUCAACCUGAUUUAAUGUGUCUUGACAAUUUGGUAGCAAUACCAGUUCAAUCUGUAGCUAAUAGACUUAUGCAGGUGGUGUUGAUGGAAGUAGACAAGCAGAGAUUGCUCGGCGAACUUGAAGCUAUGGGAUUUCCCGAGGCUCUCGCUGCAAAGGCUCUUUCUUCUUCUGGUAAUUCAAGCAUUGAGGAUGCAAUAAACUGGCUUGUUGAUCAUGAUAUUGAUACAAUUGUUACUGAACCACCUGAGCAAUCUCAGGCGACAGUCGACAUCACUGUCGAAACAUCAAAACCCUUCCACAUUUCUGAACAAGUUAAGCUGAGCGCACGAGUUCUGAGGAAUCGAGCGCUUAACAAGAAAGCGGAGCAAGAGAAGAAACAAGAAAGAGAAAAUGAGAAGGAUAGGAUUCGGGCUGGUAAAGAGUUGUUAGAGGCUAAACGAAUUGCGGAAGAAAGAGAACGAAAAUGGUUAGACAUGGUAUUUGGAUACAUUUAUUCACUUCAGGUGAUUUUUUUCUUUGUUGUUUGUAUUGUGUUCAUGUCACUCUUUCAUCGAUGGAGUCUCAGGCUCUUGGCCCAAAGGAAAGCAGGGAAAGAGGACGAGAAAAGAGCAAGGGAUAGAGUUCGCCAGAAAUUGCAGCAAGAUAAGUUAGAAAGACAAGGCAUCCUUGGGUCGCCUAGGGAAUUUCCCGCACCCGCAAAACCUGAUAUUGCAUUGGCAGAAAGAACGGAGAACUUGCAGCUUCUUGAUUCAGAUUUUUUACGUGUAAAAUCUUCUGCACUAAGAGAUGAUAUGAGUGAAUGUUUAAGAUAUCUUAAACGUCGAAACAAGGAGGAGAGUUCAGGAGCAAGUAGGGCAUUCGAGACUCUCUUGAUUUAUGUGAGAAAUGUUAUUAACAAUCCCAAUGAAGAGAAGUUUCGGAAGAUCCGGAUCAACAAUCCAGUUUUUCAGGAUAGAAUCGGCAAAUUUGGGGAAGGUAUCAUGUUUCUUGAGUUAUGUGGGUUUGAGAAAGUCGAGGGAGGUAACUUCUUGUUCCUUCCUCGACAAAAGGUCAAUGUGGGAACAUUAAAGUUGGCUGCCUUAGAGCUAAACAAUGCUUUGAAGAAUCCUUUUUUUGGACUCUUUUCAGUAUCAAAAUAA